CCCCUGACCGGAGUUACGCGAAGGGAAAUGCAAAGGCUGGGAGGGGCGCGCCGCAGCCAGGAGGGGCAUUAAAAGGAAGCGGGUUGGCAGCCCCUCCGGCUCCGUUUUAAAAGCAAAAAAAAGGCGGGGUGCCUGUUUCCAGACCCGCUUAGUUUAAUCGCUGCCUGGCUGCGCUACUUUCCCGAGCCUCCCCGAGGGAAGGGAACUAUAGGGGGCAGAAGGCGACGAUGAAGGUAACCGCUCUUGACUCCCGGCAGCUCAAGCAGCUCCUGCGGAAGGAGCCCGCCGGCUGCCUGGUCUUGGAUUGCAGACCGUACCUCUCCUACUCGGCCUCCUGCCUCCGCGGAUCGCUGAACGUGAACCUCAACUCGGUGGUGAUCCGCCGCGCCCACGGGCGGCCCGUGCCCUUGCACUUCGUGGUGCCCGACGAAGCGGCCCGAGGGCGGCUGCUCCUACCUGGGGCUUGCCCGGAGGAGGAAGAGGAGGAAAGGGAAGGGGACGCUGCGGUGCCCUCCCGGCGGCUGCUGACGGCCGUGGUCGUCCUGGAUCAAAACACCCGGCACUGGCGGAAGCUGAAGAAGGAGAGCACGGCGCAGAUCGUGCUGAACACGCUGCUGGCCAGCCUGCCGGAGACCGGAGCGAGGGUCUGCUUCCUGCGAGGUGAGGGGCGGCCCGAGGGGGAGAGGCGAGGGCUUUGGAGGGUUGCUUUAGUGGCGGAGUCUGGCGGGAGCCUCUUCUCCCGGCCAAAGAGUUCUGCGAGUCAUUUCCCUCGCCUGCACGACGGCUAAGGAGCCGGACCCCCCUGCCUGCCCUAGAAGGCGAGAUCUCUGGGUAGGAAAGAGAGAAGCGAUCGGGAAGCCAGAGAGGUGUAACCGCCUUCUGUUCCUCUGCCUCCUCGCGCUUUUGGUUAGGACGUCCGCCGACCGAAGUCUGGCCCUGCUAGGCUCGCCUCGCCUGUUUUCUUAACUUAAUUUAACGCGAAUGCAAUAAUAGUUUCACGCGAAUCAGCCCGUCCCCUCAGCAUCCGAUGCCAGGAACCUGGAGACCCCCCCCCCCGCCCGUUAGUGUUUGAGGAGGAGGCGCUGAUGUUGGAUAAGGAAUGCCGGGUUGCAAAGCUUUUGCAGAUCUCGAGGGAGGCAGUGCGUUCCUCGCCUAAAGCAACGUGUGUCUUGGAGAGUGCGAAUGCACUCGCACGGCGUAGGGAAUCAUGACUAGAGGUUUGCUGCUGCUGGGUGGAUAUAGACAGAGAAAUGGUUUGUAUUUUCCCCCUUUCCAUAGUCUCCCCAAAGUUUUCCCCAUCAACGGACAAGAGAUAAAUCGGCUGGUGGUGAAAAUAAAACAACUUAAAAUUGAAUAGGUGCAUUGAAAUGAUGUUCAGUUGUCUAGUGAAGGGAAACUUGCGUGACUAAUUACGGUCAGCAUCCUCACUUCCUCACUGGGUUAAAAUAUCAAACGUUCAUCUAAAGAGAAAUGUGGGAUUGGGGGGAUUCAGAGUUGUAGAAUAAAUUACCCCUGUGGACACCAGCAAGUAUCCCAAACUCCAAAAUGCUGGACCCUAUUAAAGUGUUCCUGGCCUGCUCAGUAAUACUAUAAUCUUUGAAUAAAUUUAUCGGAAAUGCUGUAUACUAAUACAUGGGAUGGGUUGGAGGUAGAAACCAAGGUUUAUAAUACAUAAUAAUGCCCCUGCUCUUUUAAUAAAAAGGAGUUCAGCAGUGUAAAAACUCAGCAGUGCCCUCUAAAGGGCAGUUUCCUGUAAAUUACGAAAUUAAAAAGAAAUAUAGAUGUCAAUGCACACUCUUCCAGUGUCUCCCAAGACAGGCAGAUGCCAACGGUCAUAGAUGCCAACCUCUUUUCCACCUAAAUUGUAAGAGUGGGAAAAGUAAACAAUUGCCCCUUUGUAUGUAGCAGAAUAGGACCGAGAGUUAAUAUGGAAGCUGGUCCUGUUAAAGGUGCUGCAUGUUUUUAUGCAGACUGCCUGCAGGUUCGAUCCUCCUUGUGUGAAAAUGGCAGUCUAUUUUUAUCACUGAGCAUGAAGCAAACUUUCUGCAUACAGUGUGUGCCUAAUUCAAGUGGACUUCACAUUUGCCCUUACCCCUAUAUAUAAAGAACGUAGAUGUACAGAAAGAUUGUAGAAGUCUUGUGGCCCCUAUCUAUGGAGCUAAGCAGGUGUGGGGCGGAGGAAUGUGGUAGUGGUACCGCUUUCUUUCAAGGAGUGACCUUUGCACCACAAACUUCAUGAGGUGAAGCUGCUAAUACGUUCCCUUCCAAAGCUCCUUAUUGCCACCCUGAAGCUUGGCUGCAGCUCUCUUCACCCUCCUCCCCUACAUAUUGCAAGAUAAGAAACCUUUUUAUUUUAAGACAGUGUUCACAACUUGGUGCAGCUUUGGGUUAUUUGGUGGCUUUGCCUACAGCAGAAUAUUCUUCUGGAUGCCAAUCAUAUCAAAGUCCCGUCCCCCGCAAAGACUUCUUGCUAUCCAGUCCUUAGGCAUGCUGGUAUGGCAAAUUCUGUGCGGCUAUUUGCUUUGAAUUCUUCCAAUCCACAUUUAAAGAGCUCGCUUUUAUUCUAGUCCAUCUAUGUAGACCCCAUACCUUUAAAGCAUAUUCUCCCCCCUCCCCAAAGAAUUAUGGGCACAGUAGCUGGUUAAAAGGGUUGCUGGGAACUACAGUGCCCAGAAUUCUGAAGUCAAGAACACGCAUUGAAUAUACUUUAAAGGCAUGGCAUGUAAGCAGCCAAAACUGCCUGCCGAUAGCAAGUGAUUUUAUAAAACGAAAAUGAAGAGCAUUUAAGAGUGUGCUGCCACAGUAGGAAACUUGUCUUUUUGAAAAGCAAGCCUGUAGUCUGAAUGCAAUCUUAAGUUGCACAUCCUUAAAUAGAACGCUCUGUUGUUGCCACAGGUUUCCAUCUUCCAGAAGCUGGCUAAAUUGGCGAAUUCUGUGUGAGUCACAAGCUCUUGAGACUCUUGCUAUAUUUUUAGUUCCGUUUGAAUGUUCACUAUGAAGUAACAGAAGAGUCCCGGGGUUUAUCCCAAGGGUUUUGUCUGAACUGUGACAUGAGAGAGAAAAUUCACGGUUGAAUGGAACGAAGUUUUCCAAUUGGGGUUGAACUUAGGCAGUCCUAGUGAGAUAAAGGUGUGAGUCAGAACUCUUGUCAGCCGCCAUAAACGCAGCCUCGCUCUUCAGGGAAUUGUUUUUACUGCGGAAUGACACAAUCCUUUUCAGCACCCCCCCCUUUUUUAUAUAAACUUCCAGCCCUCGUUAAUUCAUUGUAUUUCAUAUGUGGCAAUGUUUAAAUUUGUGAUAGGCUUUAUCGUUUAAAUUGUCAGCCUUGGGCAGGGGGCAUCCUCAAAGGGUCUAGUGUGGGCUCGUUCCCCCACCUAUAAAAUAAAGCAGUCAUUUUUCAUGAGAGCGGCUGCAGCUGUAAAUGUCAAUAAAAAUAAUGCUGGAUUCUUCUGCCACUUUGUUAUGCAUAGGAUUUUAAUCAUUGGUGGUGAAAAUGAAGCCUACCCCUCUCACAAGAUGAGUAAUGUAGCAUUAGCAGAAAUAAUAGCAACAGAGUUCAGCCAGUGGGGGAGCAGAAGUGUGUGCCUGUGUUUGUGAGAGAGAGAGCUGGAGGACUUGAAAAGGUGACUCACUUUAAGAACUGCCUGCAAAUCUCCUGAUCCCCAAAGACUCCUGGUUUUCUAUUAGCCUCCUGAGCAAAGGCACCAGCCACCCAAGAGAAAUCCGUUUGGCUGGUUCCCUUGGUUUGUGAAUCCAUGGGCAUAAAAUUGAGGAAAGCUCAGCAUAUAACAUCACUAUAAACAAACUGUCAGGAGUUAUAGAAAGAGGAUGUGGAAUGAAAUAGCAUUAUAUUUCAGAACAAGGUCGAGGAGAAAAGCUGGCUUCUAACAAUACCCGUUUUCACGGCCUUCUUGAAAACCCAUACAGAGCCCUGUUCAGUUGACCACAGUACUCUGAAAUGAGCUGUUGCUCCAGAAUAGUUGUGUCUUCUCCCAUUCUGCUGAGUGAUAAGGAUAAUUUUUUUCUCCUUCAGCAAAUAUGUGAUAGAUCAAUGUAAUCUUUUUUUAAAACAAUAUUCAGAACUUUAGUUGAUAAGGGGACACAUUCUCUGUUAAUUUUUUUUUAAGGCUCAGCUAGUAGCUUUUAACAAGGGUGAACUGGAAUUUUAAAUGCAGGAUAAUUAAGCUUCUGCAUUCUGGCUGGAUUAAAUGAAUCUGUAAAAGAGGCUCCAUGGAAUCUACUGAAGCCCACACUUCCACUGACUUUGGACUGGCUCCUUAGUUCUGUAUUUCCUCACUGUCAAUAUCCUGCUAAGAAUGUUUCAGCAUACAGCUACUCAAGGACAUAGAUUACAGGAGGUCAGCAAACUUUUUCAGCAGGGGGCGGGUCCACUGUCCCUCAGACCUUGUGGGGGGCCAGACUAUAUUGGGGGGGAAUGAAUGAAUUCCUAUGCCCCACAAAUAACCCAGAGAUGCAUUUUAAAUAAAAGCACAAAUUCUACUCACGUAAAAACACCAGCCAGGCCCCACAAAUAACCCAGAGAUGAAUUUUAAAUAAGAGGACACAUUCUACUCAUGAUUCUGAUUUAGAAGGCGAUUGGGCCGGAUCCAUCCCCCGGGCCUUAGUUUGCCUACCCAUGGCAUAGAAUAUGUAGCAGAAUAGAAAUCUUAAGAGAGAAGGGUUUAAAAUGCAGGCUUGUAAGAUCCUAGGUGUGAUCCCUUAGGUAGAGUUUCAGAACGUCAAUUGAUCCAUUGCUGCAAUUUAUCUUUGAGAAGAUGUAGCAGUGCAGUACAGCACUUUUCAUGACAGUUAUUCACUGAAACAAGUUAUGGGCUUUGUUUCCCAAGUAAACAUAUCCUUUCAGAGACCUGAACAAAAGACAUAGAAAUCCAUGUAGUAUAACUUGUGUUUGAAAGCACAGGUUUGCUGAAGGUGUAGCUGAUUUGCAUGCUUCACAAUUUCAUCCAAGGUCUGAGCUUAACAGAUACACUCAUUUUCACCAAUUGUGCAGAGAACUUAACUAAUUUAUCUCACAGUUGUUUAAAAAAAAAAAAGAGCACUCAUCUGGGGCUGUUUUGUUGUCUGAUCCCAUCAUAGGAUUUAAUUAAGUUUUAUGGCUCUUAAUGGAUCCAUUUCAUUUACCAUAACACAACAGAAUGGAAGUUAUUAAUCAGUACAGAACAGCCUCUCGGAACUUGCCCUGCCUCAAAUGGAUACAAACAUGAAGCUGUAUGAUAAUGGUGUUAGUCUUGAUCUUUGAAACAGAGUCAGCUGAUUUCACUAACCUUUAACUGCCGUACUGUUUUUCUUUUGAUUGUGGCUAUUUAGCUGCAGUGUUAGAAAAUGGGAUAGAAAAGCUAGGAGCCAAAUGGCUCCUGGGAUCUGGGUUGUGAGCGCCGCAACAGAAUGUCUAGUCGCCAUGGGUGGGGGUGCAUGUCAGCAACACUUUUUAUUUAUUAUUUUGAUGAGCAUGAAUUAAUACGCAAGUGACACAUUGUUAAUACAGUCAUACCUCAAGAUAAAUACACUUCAGGUUGAGUGCAUUACUUCCGGGUUUCGCAGCUUGCACAUGCGCAGACGGUCAAAAUGAUGUCAUGCGCAGAAGCAGCGAAACGCAGCACGCGCAGUCACAUCUUACGUUCUGUUCGGGAUGCAAACAGGGCUCCAGAACAGAUCCCGUUCGCAUCCCGAGGUACCACUGUACAGUGGUACCUCAGGUUAAGUACUUAAUUCGUUCCGGAGGUCCGUACUUAACCUGAUACUGUUCUUAACCUGAAGCACCACUUUAGCUAAUGGGGCCUCCCACUGCUGCCACGCUGCGGGAGCCCGAUUUCUGUUCUCAUCCCGAAGCAAAAUUCUUAACCUGAAGCACUAUUUCUGGGUUAGCGGAGUCUGUAACCUGAAGCGUAUGUAAUCUGAAGCGUAUGUAACCCGAGGUACCACUGUAUCACAUUUUUAGCAGAAAUUGUUAAUACAGUACAUGUUUAAUUUGGUAUUUACAAUAAAAAUAUUGGUACCGCACCUCAGUUUUCAAAACGCUGUAUCUUUAUUGUUAAACUCCUUAACAGAAAUUUUGAGGCUUCAAAGCACAUACAUUUCAGUAAUCCUUGAGGGUCAGCCAAGUGCAAAAAAUGGCACCCAGACUUUUGUAGAUGCUCGCAAAUGGAGAAUCUUCAGGCACAAAGCGCCUGGCGCCCUGCUAAUUUUGAACCCUGUUUAGCUGUGGUAGGAAAAACUUCCCCACUUAUUCAUAAAAUGUUCAUCAUGCAGUGAGAACUAUCACAGCCUCAAAUUAAUUGACGAUCAGGAACAAUUAAACUAUUCCCUCCCCCCCCACACACACACACUUCUGAGCCCUAUUAAUUGACAUUUCUUUGUUUGCUUCUUUCUCCUCAGGAGGCUACGAAACCUUUUAUUUGCAGUAUCCUGAGUUUUGCAUAGAUGUAAAACCCAUAUCCCAAGAGAGACCUGAAACGGAGAGAAGCACCAGCAGCCUCUACGAGAAGCCGUACAUCCACCACAAACCAGCAUACGAUCAGGUGUGUUGAGGGGAAGAUAUGACUAAUCCCACCCACGCUCUGGCUCCUCGGGGGCUCUUCCUGUCAUCAUCCUGUUUGUAGCUGACUAGUUCACUCUUUUAUUCUUGUCUGGCAAUGUGACAAAAGGACUCGGCGUGCAUGUUUGUCAUGUUUCAAAUAAGAAGUCUGAGUGUGAUGCACUUUUGAAGACAAGUGGCCUUAAAACUAAGAGAGAUAGAUGCCGUCAAAGCCACCUAUUGUUUCCCCUCCUCUUCUUCCCUAAUAUGUAAAGAGUUUGUAACUCUUAAGAACUGUAUAGUGACACCUUCCUGUUCACACCUUUCCUUCAAGGAGCUAUACAUGCUUCACUCCUUCACAACAGUCCUGUAAGGUAGUUUAGCCUGAGAGACUGCAUAUGGCCAAGGGUUCACCCAGCAACCUUUCAAGCUGAGUGGGGAUUUAUCACCUUACUUCUCCCUCCCAUUGCAAGCCAGCUCUUCUAUUUAUUGGAAGUAUAUAUACACUCACAUACACAAUGUGCUCCCUUAGUAUUCCCUCCCACCACCUGCACCUGUUGCUGGGGCCUGUUCUUCCCCUUUUCAUCUCUAAAUGGUAAAAUAUUUUCUUCAGAAAGACUAGGAAUGGAAAAUAUUUCUACCUAAGUAUUUAUAUUCUGCAGAACUUAAUAGUGGUAUUUACAUUUCUAUCCCACAUUUAUUCCUAGGAACUCCUAUAACAGUUUUUCUCCCCAUUUUAUUCCCACACCAUCCCUUUGGGGUUGUUUAGCUGAGAGUGGCAGACACAUGGUCACCUCCAGUCAGCUUCAAGGCUGAGUUGAUAUGAACCCGGGACUUCCCAGUCCUAGCCUUGACAUGCGCAACCACUCGCCCACAUGGGAUCUGUUACGCAUGGCAUACUUUGUAUUCCCAAAGAUAUAUUAAAAAGAGGUUUUCCGACACCUUAUGAAAUAUGAAUGGUGCCUUGGCUUGGUUUUCUGGGCACUAAAUAUAAUGCUCUGACGUUUUCUAGCAUGUAGCUUCUUUUCUUGUUUAUCGCCUUCUAUUCACAAAGGGGGAGAAGACUUGAGUGGCUGAGAGCAGCAGGGGAGAGUGUUGUGUUUCUGACGUGGCAGGGCUGAGGGCCCCAUGCUGAUUCUGCUUUGGGAGGCUAAGACAGCUUGAAGUCAGAGGAGGCACAUGCCAGCUGCCAUCCUGCAAUUAUUAAUUAGGCACGCAUGAAAAGAGUGUCAUGCUAAGCCCAGUAAUGUGUUCAUGUUUUUCUUUCAAACUGAACUUUAAAACAAAUGCACACAGUGCAUAGUAUUGUCAAGAUACCUUUGAAGCUUCUGGUUAAAGUACAUCAUGCCUACCAGGCUCCGUCAAGAGACACUGAACAGGCUUUGUGUCUACAUUUUUAGUAUGAUGCUGUGGAAAAAACAUGCCCCUGCAUGGUGACGGAAGGGACAAGUAAAAAUCCUUUUGGUGUGUGCUUCAUGGGGGGAGGGAGGCAUAAGGAAACCCACGAGUGAAAUUGCUCGUGAUACCACACGUGGCAAAUGUGAAUGAGAAAAACCAAAUCCGGUGAUUUUUCGUAAGGAGUCUUCUAUUAAAGUGGUUUGCUGGUGAGCUACCAUGUUAGCCUAUAUGGGUGGAUAAGUGGUUGACCAGGACUCCCUAUCAGAGUCUUUGCAUUGCUCACAACCCACAGGUCAUAAGGGGCAGUUCCUGCCAGUACGGAAGUAGCAGGACUGGCAAAGCUCUCAUUGUGCCAAGACCACAACAGUAAUUCUACCCCCGCAGCAGAAACUGCACCUCUUGCAAAGUACUUCCUGUCUGGGUGCUACAGCUCUGAUCUCAGUGAUGUCUGGAAAACACCCUAAAAUUGUCCAAAGCUCAGCCCCUGCUGUCUGUGUUCUACUGCGUCUCUGUGUGUGUGGAAGAAAAAACAGCAAACGAGAGCCUAUAAUUAUAUGCGGUUCCUUGCCUUCCAGGGUGGCCCAGUGGAGAUCCUUCCUUUCCUGUACCUUGGCAGUGCCUACCAUGCUUCCAAGUGCGAGUCCCUAGCCAAUCUGAACAUUACAGCACUCCUGAACGUCUCCAGGAAGAGCUCCGAGCCCUUUACGGAUCAAUACUGCUAUAAAUGGAUUCCAGUGGAGGACAAUCACACAGCAGACAUCAGCUCACACUUCCAGGAAGCAAUAGAAUUUAUUGGUAGGUGUAUUUCUCUAUUGAAGAUAAUACUGACCUCUAUGGAGGCCGCCAUCAGAGACCAAACCGCAUGUCCCGAAAUACGUUUUGUUGGGGCUAAGGAAAAAGCCCUUCCAGAACCUGUGAUAAGGCUUCGCAGCUCUCUCACUUACCAGGAGGUGCAUCUCCUUCCUGCCCCUUCUGUAGGGUGGUUAAAAUAUUUCAUUACAGGGAAGCUUUGCGUGAUAAAUGGCUGUAGAGCAGGGUUUCCGAAACUUUGGUCUCCAGCUGUUUUUGGACUACAAUUCCCAUCAUCCCUGACCAGUAGCCCCAUAUAUAUAAGGGGGGAGGCUUUUAAAAAAAGAAGAAGAAAAAAAUGAUUUCAGUGUGUUAAACUCAUUUUGCUACCCGCCUUGAGCUAACUGAGGAAAGGUGAGGUAUAAACUACAGAAAAACUACUGUGGCAUAGGCCUCUGUGGGCUAGAUGCAUCUUUCAGCCGGCAAACAUGCAAGCGUACUGUAAGUGAGGCUGCAUAGCGGGGACGGGUGGUGAAGCAAGGCAUUCUCUGUGACAAGGGAAGGAGUAUUUAAUGUGCAUGACUGGAAAAGAAGAGUCUGGGGUGCUGACCUCUGACCCAGGGCUAUUUGAGAUAUGUAGAGAGGGCAGGAUUACUAAAUGAUAGAAAUGACUAUGUCUGCCAAUGUGCCACAAGCAGUGUAACUCUGUCCGUUGCUUAAGAAAAAGCUACACACACCUGUAGGCAUGGUUCUACAGAGACCUUGCUUUUUUGUCCAUUUUUUUAAAGGAGAAACAACAGCUUUUUCCAAUCUACCUGAGCAGAAUGGCAAGGAGCCGUAAACCAGGAAAUCAUUGGUUCAAAUUUUGUUCCUAAAGCUAGCCACUGUCUCUGUCCCCCAACUUCAGUAUGGGUUUAACAAAGCUGACCUACCUCAUAGUGUUGUUGUGAGAAUUACUGAAAAUGUUAAGUGCUUUGCAUUUAGUGCAAGUACUAUUAUUUUAAUGUCUGUUAAUACAGUACUGUACCCUAAGCUUGGUAGCAGGAAGCAGUUCAGGACACAUUAUUGCAUUAACAAGCAUUAAAAUAAUGAUUAUGUUAAAAUAUAUGAAACAGUAGCUCCAUAUUGAAGAUGAGAAGUUUGAGGAUUCAAGAAAUGUUAAGAUAGAUGGAUACUUCAAUUAUUACGGCAUGCCUUUGAGGAUGUGACCCAGAGCAGAAUGCAGUAAGAUGAAAUGUGGGUAAUAUAUUUCUCACGCCAGCCAAAUAGGGCAAGUUCUAUUUUUAAUCAACGCGUUUUGCACAAGGAGCUUAUUUUCAGAAUUUUCCUUUUAAUCUUAUAACAAUAAUUGAAUUGUGUGAGUAACUUGGGGGCCUCCCGUUGCGUAAAAUGGUGGUUCUGCCUCAGCCAUUUAUAGCCUGACUUAAAUCCAAGUGCCACUUAUCAAGGGUUAUAAUUAGAGAUGUUAGGCUACUUUAUUGUGCAUUUUGUGGUAGAAACCCCAGGAACCCAGGGACUUUACAUCCCUGCUCAAAAUGCAUGCUGAGUGUCUACCAAAAAGGCCCACAAAAGGUGGGGACAGAAGCAGUACAUUUCAUGCUCUUACCCAAUGGAAAAAUAGGUACAUCUCCUCAUCAGAUGGGAGGGAACAUGCAGCAAGCCCACACCUUUUGUCGCAAGGUCUGUGCUGCUUUCGAAAAGAACCUAACUGUGAAUUCAAUUCUUUUGUGGCAUUGUAGUAUUUGCCUUAUUACACAUCUGUUGCCAUAGUUCGGCUAGAUGAGGGGAAGGCAAACCUCUUAACUUUAUCCAAAUGUGAUUAAUCUACCGUAUAGCUAUUAAGUUUUGUUAUUUGAACAAAUGCGUUAAAUGCUUCAGCCAGUGUUAGUGAAUAAAGUGGAAAUUUUCUCCUCCGGCAUUCUGACAUUAAUUCCAUUUGUGGAACACCUGUCAGCCCACUACCUCUUUUGGACUACUGUUUGCAGAAUGUUAUGCUGCCAUUGUGGGAAUCCACUUAUAGUGACAGCUAACAUAUUCAAUGCAUCACCACCACCCUCUUCUGUUCUUCUUUUUCUUUAGAUUGCACCAGACGGGCAGGGGGUAAGAUCUUGGUGCAUUGUGAAGCUGGAAUUUCCCGCUCUCCCACUAUCUGUAUGGCGUAUCUGAUGAAAAUGAGAAAGUUCCGCCUGGAGGAGGCUUUUGAUUACAUCAAGCAACGUAGGAGUCUGAUCUCACCAAACUUUGGCUUCAUGGGCCAGCUGCUACAGUAUGAGUCAGAAAUAUUGUCCUCGACUCCCAGCCCUCCUGUUGCCUCUUGCAAAAGGGAUGCUGUGUCUUUCUUCACCGAAGAGCUGGCUUUGGGCAAAAGCUUCGAAGGCUCCUGUUUUGCUUUUCCUACCUCAGUUUUGAAUUCCGUGCCCAUUCACUCACCUGUCCACCAGCUAAAUAUUGCUGCGUCUUCAUCCUGCUGGACCCUCCUGGGAACAAGAGACAAUACAGUCCCAUGAGCCUGGUAAAGAGUAUAAUGAUACAUUUCACCUACAUGCAAUACAGAGGACCUCAUGAAUUUCACCUGGAACUGGACACUUGAGGGGCUGUCUAUACCUGGAAGGGGGGAAAGUCAUUUUACAUUGAGAUGGAGUCUUUGUUCAGUGCAUUUAAGUUUGGGGGAUAGCUAUGCCAUUUCAGGUUGUUAACUUGUGCUGAGUCUAGCCAACUCCUGCUGUAGCUCAAAUUGUCCUAGGCUUGUGCUUUGAACUAGAAGAUAAUUCUUCCUCUUCCCAGAAGUAGAUGCCCUUUGUUAUGGCUGAGAACAUAAGUGUAUGGACACUGGCUAGAUCAGGCUUUCAAAAGAAGGAAUGUUUUUUUAAAAAAGAAAAGUUGUGCACUGUUUAAGGGUUUUUUAAGAAUAAAUUCUGGACUGUUUGUGCACCCACUACUAUACUUCCAGACUACGCUGGGGUAGAGAGAACGCCACAUAAAGUCAGUCUGGUCUGAUUGCUUCUCCGUUGCUGUCUCCCUCCCUCUCUUUUAAUUAUAGCCUUGUUUUAAAAGUGUAAGCAAUAAACAGCUGUGUCAGGAAAGCAGAGCUGUAAUGAAAAGCACAAUUUACAAAAGAAGCAAACACUGACAUUUCGGUGAUGGCAGAAACUUGAAUGUUUGCUUUUGGCUGUUUUGUGUGUUUUUAAUAUGUACUACACCAUAGGCUGCAAGUGGGUUAGAAGGUAGAAGCAGAAGACUUCUUUCUUCCCACAUCCAAUGACCAUUGCUUACUGCUGUACAACUGGGGUCAGGUUUAUCCUUCCCCAGAGGCCUUGGGUGCUUGUCAGUUUCUAGUCUGGAUAGCAAAACGAGGUAGUGCAUGUCCCAAGGCUUCAACAUCAUAGGGGUUCCACUCUUUCUCAUCCAGUUGAAUCCAGCUUGUGUUUCCAGAGAUGCCUUAUUUCCAGGGGAUGUUUCAUUCUUAAAACACCAUGGUCCUAUCAAAACACAAGACGUUUCCCCUGUUCCACUGGGGACACCUGCUGUGUUCUAUUUCAGCCCCGAACACUAUAGUAGAACCCUACCAACUCUGUAACUGGAUGUAGCAACACAUAUUCCAAAAUGGUACCAGUAGAACUGUUUGGCUGGCAUAUGGUGGCCAUGUUGCACCUACCCUUUGAGUGAAGUAUAGUCAAAUUCAGGCUGAUGGUGUGCACAGAUGUACUGUUACUCGGUGGGGGGGGUGGAUUGCUGACCUUCCAGGUGUUGUUGGACAUCUGCAUUGGCAUGAGCUUCAGACAGCAUGACCAAAUCAGAGGUGAUGAACGUUAUAGUCCCGCAACAUCAGGAAGGCUACACAUUUUCCACACUGCCUAAUCUGUUCCUGAAAUCCCGUGGUUGAAAGUUCAAGUAGGGUUCUGCAAUGCAGAACCUGUGUUCUACAGCUUUAUUUUGGCUUGAUGCAAAUGGCCAAAGCACAGACUGGUUCAGUGGCAGUUCAGGAACGGCCAUGUGUAGGACAUAGUGCUGAGCUAACAGGCUGCAAAAAAUAAAUGGGUGGAGCUGCACAGGUUGUUCACAGACCAUAUUGUCACCCCACUCUAGACUUGGACCUCUGUUGAGAGAUGACUGCCUCCUCUUCUAACAGUAUGCACUCACUAAAGAGCAGCAAAGAAGGAAUUUUAAAAGAGCAGGCAGUUCUACAGCAGUUGGUUAUGUAAAGGAAUGCUUGAAAUUUUUUUAAUGCUUAUCCAAUGAAAAGUUCUUUUUCUCUUUUCAUUGCAAUUAGAUUUACUGCAUUUUAAGAUUUUAAGAAAAAGUUGGAAGGGGGCAGCUUGCAAACAAUGCAUCUCCCCAUUGAAGUGUUAUCCAUUUAUAUAUUACGUGGUCUUGUUGAACGUCGUGUGGCUUGCUUUUCCCUGUAUUGAUUGAUCUCUUCCAUAACACAUUUCUGGCUGUGGAAUAACAUCAUUUCCAAGCCAACUGGGGUCCUUUUUUUCCAGGGGAUCUGUGUGUCUAGCUUGUAUGUCUACAGGUGGCUCAAUGUGCUGCUGUUGCUUUGUUCAGUCACAUUUUUUUCUAAAUGAGAAAUGGCAAUAACUGCCUGGAAAACUUGUGAAUGUGAAUAUGAGAACUUUUUUU